CGCAAAACCUUCAACUUUUGCUGGACCUUGAAACUUCUUCCAGCAAGUCCAUCUCCCUUACCUCUCCACUCCCAUCUCUAGUCGUUCUGCGAUAUCUGGAAAGAUGUUCAAGAGCGGCCUUUCUCCCAUCGCGAGGGCAGCUCGCCCGGCCUCGCGCCUCGCUGCGCGCCCCAGCUUAAGACUCCCCAAAUACUCUCUCGGUGCCAGGUUUGCCAGCACACAGGGUGUCGGUGAUGGAAAGAUUCACCAGGUCAUUGGUGCCGUCGUGGAUGUGAAAUUCGACACUGCCAAGCUCCCCCCGAUUCUUAACGCCCUUGAGACCACCAACAACAACCAGAAGCUCGUCCUUGAGGUUUCGCAACAUCUGGGCGAGAAUGUCGUCCGCUGCAUUGCCAUGGACGGUACUGAGGGUCUCACCCGUGGCGCCAAGGCCAAGGACACUGGUGCUCCCAUCACCAUUCCCGUCGGCUCUGGCACCCUUGGUCGUAUCAUGAACGUCACUGGUGACCCCAUUGACGAGCGUGGUCCCAUCAAGACCGACAAGUACCUGCCCAUUCACGCUGAGGCACCCGAGUUCGUCGAGCAGUCGACCACUGCCGAGAUUCUGGUUACCGGUAUCAAGGUCGUCGACCUGCUGGCCCCCUACGCUCGUGGUGGAAAGAUUGGUCUCUUCGGUGGUGCCGGUGUCGGCAAGACCGUGUUCAUUCAGGAGCUUAUCAACAACAUCGCCAAGGCCCACGGUGGUUACUCCGUCUUCACCGGUGUCGGUGAGAGGACCCGUGAGGGUAACGAUCUGUACCACGAAAUGCAGGAGACCUCCGUCAUUCAGCUUGAUGGCGAGUCCAAGGUGUCGCUGGUCUUCGGUCAGAUGAACGAGCCCCCGGGAGCCCGUGCCCGUGUCGCCCUUACUGGUCUCACUGUUGCUGAGCAGUUCAGAAACGAGGGCCAGGACGUGCUUCUCUUCAUCGACAACAUUUUCCGCUUUACUCAGGCCGGUUCCGAGGUGUCGGCUUUGCUGGGUCGUAUCCCCUCUGCCGUCGGUUACCAGCCCACUCUCGCCGUCGACAUGGGUGGUAUGCAGGAGCGUAUCACCACCACCCAGAAGGGUUCCAUUACCUCCGUCCAGGCCGUCUACGUCCCUGCUGACGAUUUGACUGAUCCUGCCCCCGCCACCACCUUCGCCCACUUGGACGCCACCACUGUGUUGUCCCGUGGUAUUUCCGAGCUGGGUAUCUACCCUGCUGUCGACCCUCUGGACUCCAAGUCGCGUAUGCUUGACCCCCGUAUCGUCGGUCAGGAGCACUACGAGGUCGCCACCCGCGUUCAGCAAAUUCUCCAGGAGUACAAGUCGCUCCAGGACAUCAUCGCCAUUCUGGGUAUGGACGAGUUGUCUGAGGCCGACAAGCUCACUGUCGAGCGUGCCCGUAAGAUCCAGCGUUUCCUGAGCCAGCCUUUCACUGUCGCCCAGGUCUUCACUGGUAUCGAGGGUAAGCUCGUCGACCUUAAGGACACCAUUGCUUCGUUCAAGGCUAUCCUGGCUGGUGAGGGUGACUCGCUGCCCGAGGGUGCUUUCUACAUGGUUGGUGACCUUGCGUCGGCACGUGAGAAGGGUGAGAAGAUUCUGGCUGAGCUCGAGAAGGAUGCGUAAGUCAGGAAGAGAAGAUGUUGAAACGGACCACCCUGUGAUAUCAUAAAAAGUCAUUUCGCCGGUUGGGGGAGUCUAGAGAUGGAGGCUCUGUGUAUAGAGACGGAGACACCGAUGUUUCUCGGCGCUGUUUCUUAGCUCAAUUAAGUUUCCUUUGUGAGCUGUGUACCAAGAAUCCAAGUAAUUACUCGACUUGUUCCAUACCCUGCGAGUCUUGAAUGGUAUUGCAUAAUCCGGUUCGUUGGAUAUUUGUAUUUACAAUAAGCGAAAUUCAUCUCUAUUCCAUUUUUCAAAAGCAA